AUGUCGCGUUCACGAAAUCUGCUGCGCAGGUCGAGCUCCUCGUCCUCCAGCUCUUCAUCCACAUCUCCGGAGCGCGGCCCAGACGAUGAUAACGACUCCUUCAUGAUUCAAGCAAACGACUCGCAAUCCUCACUCGGUGCGGACAUGUCCGCCGACCUCUCCUACGAUGCUGCCAUGCGGCGAGAAUACGAAGAGCGAUGCCGCGUAUCCCCGGUGCAUAGGCUGCCCGCGGAACUGCUCAUCAGCAUCUUCUCCCGCCUCACAUCGACACGGGACCUUCAGAACUGUCUGCUCGUCUCAAAGGAGUGGGCGAGGAAUAGCGUGGGACUGCUGUGGCACAGACCGGCCAUGAGCAAAUGGGAUAGCAUACACAGCGUCAUGCAGUCGAUCCGGCAGAGCAACAAAUUCUUCGCCUACCAGGACCUGGUCAAGCGAUUGAAUAUGUCCACACUGGCGGGUCAGGUCAGCGACGGAACUCUUAUGGGAAUGUCUGAGUGCAAGCGCAUCGAGCGUUUGACCUUGACGAAUUGCUGCAAACUUACGGACCUGAGCUUGCAGCCUUUGGUGGACGGGAACCGGAGUUUGCUUGCACUCGACGUGACUGGACUGGAUCAACUGACGGACAAAACGAUGAUGGCGGUGGCGGACAAUUGUCUGCGGCUGCAAGGCCUGAAUGUGACGGGAUGCAAGAAGCUCACGGACGCCUCGAUCGUGGCCAUUGCGAGGAACUGCCGCCAUCUGAAACGUCUGAAGUUCAACAACUGCGCUCAGCUGACGGACGCGUCCAUCAUGACUGUCGCGGCCCAUAGCACUCAUCUACUCGAAAUCGAUCUUUAUGGCUUGCAGAAUUUGGAGAGCCCGUCAGUCGCUGCGCUGCUAUCGUCAUGCGGCCAUUUGCGCGAGAUGAGACUGGCACACUGCUCAAGAAUCACCGAUGCUGCUUUCCUGGACAUCCCGAGCAAUCCGGAGGGCCGUCGCUCAUUCGACGCGCUACGGAUUUUAGACCUCACUGACUGCAGCGAGCUGGGAGACAAAGGUGUGGAGAAGAUCGUCCAGAGCUGCCCGCGCCUUCGAAACCUCAUCCUCGCGAAGUGCAGACAGAUCACCGAUCGUGCAGUCAUGGCUAUCACCAAGUUGGGCAAGAACCUACACUACAUCCAUCUCGGACACUGCGCGCGGAUCACAGAUCUUUCGGUCGAGGCCCUCGCUAAGUCGUGCAAUCGCAUUCGCUAUAUCGACUUGGCGUGCUGCAGCAGUCUGACUGACCACAGCGUCAUGAAGCUGGCUGGACUACCCAAGCUGAAGCGAAUCGGACUGGUGAAGUGCGCAGGGAUCACGGACAGGAGCAUCUACAGCUUGGCGAUUGGUGAGGUCAAGAACGGUCGGAAAGUGAACGGCGUCAAUGUCUUGGAGAGAGUACACUUGAGCUAUUGCACUCUUCUCACGCUCGAUGGAAUUCAUGUCCUCCUCAACAACUGCCCGAAGCUCACUCACCUGAGUUUGACGGGUGUCCAAGCAUUCUUGCGAGACGAACUUCUCGCGUUCUGCCGAGAGGCGCCGCCGGAAUUUAAUGAACAUCAGCGGGACGUCUUUUGCGUAUUUUCCGGGAACGGAGUCGCUCGACUCCGCGACUUUCUCAACGAGCAGAAACACCACGCCGCAAACUCAGGAUCAGUCACAUCAUCCGUCGUCGACGACAGCGACAUGAUCGACGCCGACAUGGACGACCAGAACCCUGACUCGGACGGCAGUAACACACCAGUCGUUAACGUCGACGUGCACGGAAACGGACAGUAUCCUCCCGGUGGUACUCCUGUGAUUCCUGGCCCUUCUUCCAACAUUCCUUUCCCACCAGUGCCUCCGAUGCAUCACGGCGCGGAUGAUCACGGCCUUGGUUUCUCUACCCUGAGCCAGAGUGCACCAGCAACGACCGGUGGCAUCAUGUGGGCUGACGACAACCCUCUUAUCGUGCACAGCAACCCAGCACACCAUGUGACGGGCAUGCUUGGUGCAACCAUUCUCGACGAAGGCGACGGCGAUAUGGACGACACGUUUGGCGAAGGAAGCGAUACGAUGGGCGACUAG